CUACAAAAUGCUACUAAACUUACCUCUGGAGAUCGUUGACAAACUGUUCGGUUACCUGGACGAGAAGGACCAACUGAAUUUUGCCGACACACACCAAAAACUUGGAAGCGCACUUCUCUUCCAUGCCUGCGGACGAUACGCAGAACUUGACUGUUCCAAAUUCACAGACGACGAACUGAAAGUCAUUCUGGCAACGUGUGGCAACUCUGUAGUCCAAAUUAACAUUGAUCUCCUUGUUGGGACGUCAGUUAUAGAACUUGUGCCAAAGUAUUGCUCUCAAUUGGCACGCGCUCAAUUGGGUGUAUCAAAUGGGAAUAUCACCGCAAUCAAAUCCAUUUUAAGCAUGAAAGACCUCGAAUUCAUUCACAUUUGGAGUCCGGGACAUGUGGAAUCGGAUAUUCUUCUUGACAUUAAUACAGGCUGCAAAAGAUUGGAAAUAUGCUGUAUUUCGAAUUCUGGGGUCAGCCACUUACAGAGAUUGGAAAACCUGGAAUAUUUGACGAUUUAUUCGGACAGUAGCGCAAGCGUAAACCAUAUUCUUGAAGAAUGCGUUCAUCUGAAGAAACUUAAGACUUUAUGUGUAAUAACAGCAGAGGACAACACGACAGGUUCAGUGGAUCAUUAUCAUGAUUUAGUGUAUCCUCAAGUGGAAAGCCUUACAUUUAUGUUCUGCGUAUUAUGUGCAGUCUUGCCAUCAUGUCCGAAGCUCCGCUCGCUGACCCUGUUUUGCAACGAAUAUCGUUAG